UUCUAAAGUGCCUCGGUAACGUAUCUGGGGAAAAGAUAUCCCAGGACUUCUACUCGAGUCUAUGACAUUCAUUAUGACCUCAGGCUCUCAUCCCAACUCUUGCGGAUGUCGCUCGGGCCGCUGCGCUGCAAAAUUGAUUACAAGCUCACCAAUUUGCUGCAUUACCCACCUGAACCCGAUUUCAAUUUCCCUCCUACUCCCUUGGUUAGCCCGUCAUGAUUCAAGCAACAGCCUUUAUUGUCUGCGAGAAACAAGCACCUUUCCAGCCGAAACAAGUCAAAUUAAAUGCCCUCCAAAGCAGGGAGGUUCUGGUUGAUCUCAAGGCAACCGGUAUCUGUCAAACUGAUCUGGUUGUCCAGAGUGGAAAAAUUCCAAUCCCCUUCCCCGCCAUCCUGGGCCAUGAAGGCGCCGGAGUGAUUCGUGCCGUUGGCUCGGCCGUUACGGAUUUCGUGGUUGGCGAUCAUGUGGUGCUUUCAUAUAAUCAUUGCACGACAUGCUCUAGCUGCAGGUCUGGCAAGACAUUUCAAUGUUUGGAGAUGCGAGAGCGUAAUUUCGGCGGUCAGAGGGCAGACGGGUCGCAGACUGUCAUAUCCGACGACUCAAACCGCAUCAGCACAUGCUUCUUUGGUCAAUCGGCAUUUUGUAAUCCAGCGGUGGUCCAGGAAGCGUGUUGUGUCAAAGUGGAUAAGGACCUGCCCCUCUCCGUGCUCUGCUCCUUUGGAUGCGGAUUUCAAACCGGCACAGGAUCUGUAUUCAACGUGGUCCGGCCGGUCGAACGAAAAACACGGUCCCUCUUGGUGUUCGGCUUGGGAAGUGUUGGGGUGGCAGCAAUUAUUGCUGCGAAAAUUCUUGCCGAAGAUAACCCCGGCGUGCUGGACACCAUUAUUGCAGUGGAUAUCGUCGAUGACAAGCUGAGCAUAGCGCUGGAGCUUGGGGCAACGCAUAUAAUCAAUUCAGCCAAAGAAGAUCUAAAGGGUCGCCUGGCGGAAAUCAACAACGGCGAAGGGCUUGAUGCGGCCAUUGAUUGCACGGGCGUGAUUGCUGUGGUCAACUCGAUGGUCAGUUUAGUGGGUGCUGGUGGAGUAGCGGUCACCGUUGGCGGACCACCGCCCGGUCUCAAGGCGUCUAUCGACGUGUUCGACGUCUUGAUCAACUGCAAAACAUAUCAUGGAUGUCAUCAAGGCAAUGCAUAUUCCAAGACUUUCAUACCCUUUAUGAUUGAUCUUUUCCGGAUGGGACGCUUGCCCUUGGAGAGGUUGCAGAAGACUUACAAAGUUGCUGAUAUUAAUUCUGCAGUCAGUGAUAUGAAAGCGGGGCGUGUUUGGAAGCCAGUGCUUCUCUGGAACUGACGUUUCAUGUCGAUCCGUUGAACAAAGCUUAUGAGCAGAACAAUUGUG